CAACGCGCACACGCGGAAGGAUCCCUAACCUACACCAACACCUCACCGCCGCUAUGACUGCUUCUACACCCCCUGACAAGACCUGCCUGACUUGCGGCAAAGCCGAUGCCAAGAACCGCUGCGGUGGGUGCCGAUGCGUCUACUUCUGCGACCGUGACUGCCAGCGCAAGAGCUGGCCGAGUCAUCGCCCCUCGUGUCUGCAGUCUUCAGCUCGAUCAAUCGAGACGACACAUAUACACUCGAAUGAUAUACACUGCGUUGGUAUACCUGACGCUGCUGCUGCGUCCGUGGCCACUUCGCCGCCGAAGAGCGUGCGCCUCGUCACAGAGCCCGUGCAGGUCGUGGAGAUCCCUGCCGAGUCCGCAGCAGCAGCGCCCAAGCCGCAAAAGAAGAGCAAAAAGCACAAGAAGAAGCGCAAAGCACGCAGUAAUAGCAUGCAUGUGCCCUCUACGAGUGCCCCGCAACAGCGCAAGAACCGCUCGGCCUCAUUAGGUGCCAAAAAGCAUAUCAUGUGGGGUGGCGUCCAGGCGCGAGAGUUCGCGCGCUUCCCUGGCGGCGGUGGUGCCGUGCCGUACGACGGGACAUGGGCCCUUGGUCUAGGUAACAAGCUCGCAGACAUCGAGCUCGGCAGUGUGCUAGAGGUGGAGCAACUGCGAGAGCAGGAGCUGCAAGAGCGAGCCAAGAAACUGUCCAAGUCCAAGCGCCGCGACGUCCGUGUGGGUGAAACCCGCCAGUUUGACUAUCGUCGGGGCGUGGACAACCCGUUGUUCUCGAGAUUGAGCGAAGACGAACGCAAACAGGUCUUCACGCUGGAGAAACAGUCUCAGGAGGACGGAGCAAUUGAGACUCAGAUGUCGUCGUCUCCGGAGCUGAGAAAAUCGUGGCGGAAAUACUCCACCGGCUCCGCCUCCAGUAUUGAGCCUGCUGAGGAACUGCAGGUGGCCAAUGCAGCGCUCACCACGCCAGAUUUCGGCUGUGUGUCUAUCGAGCAGCUCGAUGAGUUCGCUAAGAUCCGCGACUCGCGCGACGGCGCCUGUGGCUGUUCGUGUGGCGAUCUGGUCAAAAAAGUGGCCAAGAUGAAUGUCAAGAAGUUACGCGCGUUCUUGCAGGAGCACAGCGUACCGCUUGCUGGAACGGGCAAGACGGAGCUUAUGGCAGCAGCCAAGAAGGUGGCACGUGAGAAGAAGAACUGCGCGAGUGUCGGCUCGGACUGUGAGUGCGCACGCAACGGUGUUCCGUGCCACUCAGACGUGUGCGAAGGUUGCGCCGGUGACUGCCACAACCCAUUCCAGCGGUACGAGUACAAAAGCACCGAAGUCAAGCAAUACCGCAAGCUGCAACUGGACAAGUGGCGCCAACUCCAGGGCGAACUUCACCAGUCCAAUGAAGCGGCUGCACCCAUCCGCGUUGCCUGAUAAGCAAUGGACAAGUCUCUCUGAGUUGCCAAACCUGCUCGUGAGAAUGCGAAAAAAUGCAUCUCAAUUCAAAACGUCUAAGCCAGAAACAAUUAACACGCCGUUCAAGAAAAAAAAAUCUCCAGUUGCUGAACAAGUUAGGAAAUUCUACGUAGUUGUACUAGUCACAUGUCAAAAGAUAAAAAUCCAAUUUCCAGGGAGUAGCCGACUCCACCUCCGCUCUUCGUUCGAGCGUCGGUCACAUGUGAGGGCUGACGAACUAUAACUGACUGCCAACUCGACUGCUCUGAUGCUUUCUCCUACUGAAAACACGCUGGUUCACCUCUGCACUUUGCAUGCAGGAAGCUUGACGGGACUAUUCAGUUCCCGUGGCUACACGGGGCCGGGAAAUUUUUACCUACAAUUACCGUCGUCGCGAGAAAAUGUUACGGCUGCCGCGGCUGCCAGGUUGACUGCUCGGUUGCGAUACACGUUUGUUACGGCGCUUGUAGACGGCGAUCUGGUCGUCCACACGAAUACCCCACUGCAAGUGCUCGGCCCUCACGGCGGCGUUCAGGAACAAGUUCAGCUUCUCGGCACGCUCACCGAUCGUCUUCUGCGAAAAGUUGCCCACGACGUGACGGUGCGGCAGCUCCGGAAUGUCACGACGCUUCAUGCCGUUCUCCUUCAUGAGGCG